CAUUUACAGGGGUUUAUGAUGUUACACAUUAACGACAUCCCCUCUCAGCCGUCUCUUCUCGAGGCUGAACAGGCACAACUCCUUCGGCCUUUGCUCGUCACAGAGAUAACGCACUCACACGGGCCCUUACCCGGCCCCACAGCCCGGGGGUCCCGCAGCCCCUCACGGCGCACCCCGCUCCCGCAGCCCCUCACGGCGCAUCCCGCUCCCGGGGCCCCUCACAGCGCAUCCCGCUCCCGGGGCCCCGCCCGGCCCCUCUCCGCCUCCGCCGGGGCUUCCGCCCGGGGCAGGGCGGGGACAGCGGCGAAGAUGGCGGCGCCCUUGGCCGGGCAGGCGGGGGCCGUGCUGCGGGACCUGGCCCUGCGAUCCGCCCGCCUGCGGGGCCCAUUCCCGACUGUUCAAUUAACCCCCAGACGAUGGCUCAACUUGCAGGAGUACCAAAGCAAAAAAAUAAUGGCAGACCAUGGGGUUACAGUUCAGAGAUUCUUUGUAGCUGAUUCUGCAAAUGAUGCCCUGGAGGCUGCUGAGAGACUGAAGGCAAAGGAAAUUGUUCUGAAGGCACAGAUUCUGGCUGGAGGGAGAGGGAAAGGUAUUUUCAAUAGUGGAUUGAAAGGAGGAGUUCAUCUAACUAAAGACCCUAAGACUGUUGAACAGCUUGCUAAACAGAUGAUUGGGUACAAUCUGUCAACCAAGCAAACUCCAAAGGAUGGUGUGACAGUUAAAAAGGUGAUGGUUGCAGAAGCACUGGAUAUUUUAAGGGAAACAUACUUUGCAAUUCUGAUGGACAGAGCCUGCAAUGGACCUGUCAUGGUUGGCAGUCCUCAGGGUGGUGUGGACAUCGAAGAAGUUGCAGUAACUAGCCCAGAACUUAUCUUUAAGGAGGAAAUAGAUAUUUUUGAAGGCGUGAAGGAUCAUCAGGCUUUGCAGAUGGCAAAAAAUUUGGGCUUCCAAGGAUCUUUGCAGCAGCAGGCAGCAGAUCAAAUUAAGAAGCUGUAUAAUCUUUUCUUGAAAAUUGAUGCCACUCAGGUUGAAGUCAAUCCCUUUGGUGAAACUCCAGAAGGGCAAGUUGUUUGCUUCGAUGCCAAGAUAAACUUUGAUGACAACGCAGAAUUUAGGCAAAAAGAAAUAUUUGCCAUGGAUGACAAGUCUGAAAAUGAGCCCAUAGAGAAUGAAGCUGCCAAAUAUGACUUAAAAUAUAUAGGACUGGAUGGAAACAUAGCUUGCUUUGUCAAUGGAGCUGGACUUGCAAUGGCAACAUGUGAUAUAAUAUCCCUGAAUGGUGGAAAGCCAGCCAACUUCUUGGAUCUGGGUGGAGGUGUGAAAGAAGCACAAGUCUAUCAAGCAUUCAAGCUGCUGACUGCUGAUCCAAAGGUUGAAGCAAUCCUUGUGAACAUCUUUGGUGGGAUUGUGAACUGUGCCAUCAUAGCCAAUGGUAUCACCAAAGCCUGCCAGGAGCUGGAGCUGAAAGUGCCUCUGGUGGUCAGACUGGAAGGAACAAAUGUCCAAGAAGCCCAGCGUAUUCUGAGUGAAAGUGGACUCCCCAUCACAUCUGCCAAUGACCUUGAGGAUGCAGCAAAGAAGGCAGUGGCAAGUGUGGCCAAAAAAUAACACCUUGAAGAUUAUUCUCAUGGAAAGUACUUGUGUUUCACAAGGCAUCAUUCCUGCUGCUGUUCCAGAGGAUUAAUGGAGUUCUCCUAAGCAGUCAUCAGGCUUAGAUGACAAUAAUUGAUGUAAUAAUACAAUAAUAUCAAUUAUUGUCAUCUAAUAAAAUAAAUAACAAUUGGAGACACGUGGCCAAGCCAGGCCAUAGGCUUGCAAGUGGGGCUUCAGAAAUUUUUCAGCUACAGUCUUCAGAACUUUGUAUGUCUUUAUCUAAGUUUGGUAAUUUUGUUAGUCACAACUGUAAUAAGUAAUACUUCAGCUCUUUUUUGUCUCUCCUUCCAAAAUUGUCAUUGAUAAACUCAUGAUAAGACAAAAUAAGUAAUAAUUGACUUCUGCCAACAGAAUUGUUCUUUAAUCAAACACUUUCAGGUCACCCAUUUCACAAUAUUUUCAUUCAUGUUUUUAUAUUGUAAAGAGCAAACUAACAGUGGGUUUAUAUUUUCUAUGAACUUUUACAAUAAUGUAAAAAGCUGUGCUUACAAUCCUAUUUUUAUUCAAAUGAAUGAUGUUUAUUUUCUUUUUUUGGAAAUCACUGGCUUUGCCUUAAGAUGAUUCUCUUUUGUUGAUGCCAAUGGAUACCUCACAGUAGGAAAAGGCAUUGAGUAGUUGGUAGUGAAAGGAACUCCCACUCUUACCGUGCCUAUAAACCACUGAAAUGUGAUUCAUUCCUUUUCUAGUUUUUGGAAAUGCCCUGCUGUAUGUCCAGGUGUAGCAAUGCCAUACAGGGGCUCCAGGAGGAUGUUUCUGCCACUAAAGAAAUGGCUGCUAACUUUUUUAAAAUCACCUCUUUUGUGAGAAUGUCACUGCUCUGAGGUCUUAAAGUAAGAUGAGAAACUGAAGCAGUUUUCUCUCAGGAGCAUGCAGAAUUGUUCAUCUGAUUUAAAUUCCAACAACCAUUUCUAAUUUAUUGGGAAUAAAACACAAAAGAACUUUUCAAUUUUUAAAGUAUUUGACUUCACAGGCAUCAGUAAAAUAUGUAUAAGGGAAAAAAUCCCUAAGUUUCAGUACU